AUGGCGCCCCAAAACAUAUUACAAGUCCUGAAGCAGGCCACGGAAUCUCCAUCAGCCAAAGGACUUAUCAUUUACGACCCAAACGCUACAGACAAGUCAUAUACAAAAGUCAGUUAUGCACAGCUGUAUGAACAAAUAUCCAUUAGGGCAGAACGUCUAACCGCGAUUGACGCACUAUCUUCGAAUCAAAUUGUCGUCCUCCACGUAGAGCAUCAGCUAGAUGGCAUCUCUUGGUUCUGGGCCAUUCUUGCUGCCGGAGGCAUCCCGUGUAUGUCCACUCAGUCAAAUCAGGACUUCGAACAUCGCCAGCAUCACCUAAUGUCGCUUCAUAAGCUACUCGACCACCCACUGUUUAUCACCACAGAAAAUCUCCGUUCGCAAUUUUCCGAUCUCGAAGGACUACGAGCUUUUACAACUACUGACAUCGACAACAUCUCCACCUUGAAUGUAAACUCCAGUGGCUCACUGAAAAGCCACACUUCAAAAUCAGUGUUGGCAAAAGGCAAUGUUCCAGGGCUCUCAAAGAAACCCGAAGACCUCGCAGCUCUCAUGCUCACAUCUGGUAGUACUGGUGACUCAAAAGCUGUUUGUCUUACACAUUCUCAGCUACUAUCCUCCAUCGAUGGAAAGGUCAAGCUUCAUGAAACUACCUCCCAGGACACCUUCCUCGCCUGGACCGGAAUUGACCAUGUUGCAAAUCUCGUGGAGAUUCAUCUACAUGCUAUGAGACUCGGGGCCAUUCAAAUCCAUAUUCCGCCCUCCUCGGCCGUGGAAGAACCACUGAAUUUACUCCAGAAAUUGAGUGAUCAUCAGGUGUCAUACACUUUUGCUCCCAACUUCCUUCUUGCCGGAAUUGCCCGGGCUUUGGAAUUGCUUCCUAAUCAAGCGACGCUCUCACUUGACCUUUCUUACCUUCGGGCUUUGAUUUCAGGAGGAGAAGCCAAUUCUGUGGCAACUGCCGUUAGACUCACAACAUUGUUACAGAAAUAUCAUGCGCCUGCGUCAUUUAUUCGCCCAGGUCUAGGCCUGACUGAAACAUGUGGUGGUGCAGUCUAUAGCGACAACUGUCCUUCCUAUGAUGUUUUGCAGAAUACGGAGCAUUGUUCUGUUGGGUUUCCCACUGAUGCAAUCCAGGCUCGGGUUGUCCGUAGUGAUACGACGACAGCAGCACCUAAUGAAAUAGGCUCACUUCAGCUAUCGGGUCCCUGUGUUUUCAAAAGUUACUACAGUAAUCAGGAAGCGACAUCAACAAGCUUCACGUCGGAUGGCUGGUUCAAGACAGGAGAUCUGGCAUUGAUCGACAAGCACGGAAAGCUCCUCUUGACGGGCAGAGAGAAAGAUUCCAUUAUCAUCAACGGCAUCAAGUACUACUCCCAAGCAAUUGAAUCUAUCAUCGAAGCAGCACAGAUCCCAGGUGUCACUCCCUCGCACACCGCCACCUUUCCACAUUGGCCCGAGGAUCAUCACACGGAGGUUCUUUGCAUUGUCUAUUUACCGACUUAUGACCGCAACGACUAUGCGACAGCAAUGGCUACAGAAGUAGCAAUUUCCAAGUCUGUCAUUGUCUACUGUGGCGUUCGACCUUACCGCAUCAUUCCUCUCGAAGCAUCACUUCUCCAGAAGUCUUCACUGGGAAAGCUCUCGCGCCCAAAGAUCCGAGCAGCUUUUGAAGCUGGAAAAUAUGAUGCCUACGCUUUGUCUGACGAAGCAAAGCUCACCCAGCUUCAGCAUGACUCGCACCAGCCCGCAGCUACAAUUACGGAGCUGACCAUCAUUGACGUUUACCUGCAGAUGUUCCCAGGUAGCCUUCAAUUGGGAAGGAACAGCGAUCUCUCGGCACUUGGCGGCUCCUCCGUCGACCUCUUGAGACUUAAGUCCUUUCUUCAAAAGGCCCUUAGCAUUCACGACAUCCCCAUCAAUAUACUGUUUGCUCACACAGUUCUCCACGAGCUCGCAGAAGCUUUGGACUCGCUCAAGCAUACACGUAAUUUCUCACCAGUGGUGGUACUGCAGCCCCAUGGCGACAGAACUCCCAUCUGGUUCGUCCAUACUGGCCUCGGCGAAGUCCUAAUCUUCAUGAAUCUCGCGCGCCACAUCACCGACCGCCCAGUCUACGCACUUCGCGCCCGAGGCUUCGACGGCGAACCGCACUUCACCUCGCUGGACGAACUGGUCACCACCUACCACUCUGCCAUCAAGAGCACACAGCCAGAGGGACCAUACGCUAUAGCAGGCUAUGCAUCUGGAUCCAUCGCUACCUUCGAGAUCGCAAAGCAAAUGAAUGCCCAAGGCGAUGCAGUCAAGUUCCUCGGCAUUCUUGACCAACAGCCUGCAGUGAAAAAAGGUGCCAGAACAUAUGAUUGGUACAAAGUGGUUCUACACAUCGCCUUCUUCCUGGAUCUCAUGGACGAGGAAUAUGCACUUUCCUACCUCGCCGAAGCACAGACUCUCUCGCACGACGAGGUCCUCAACCAUAUCAUGGCCCUUGCCCCUGCUUCGAGAUUGCACGAGCUGGGCAUAACCAAGGCGAAGAUAGACAAUUGGGCGAAUAUUGCCUUUGGCCUGAAGCAGAUCAUCUGCGAUUACGAUCCAGCGGGAGAGGUCCACUGCAUGGAUGUCUUCUACACUGCGCCGACGGCGCCGAAUGGAUCUGCAUCGGCUAUGACUCUCAACGAGCGGUUCUCUGGAUUCAUAUCGAAAUGGGAUGGCUUUGUGGACGUGGAGUCAGGAGGCGACGCGAGGUAUCAUGUCCUGGAGGGCACGCACAGGACCAUGAUCACACCGCCCAACGUGCUUAGUUUCCAUAAGAUUUUCACCACGGCUAUGGAGGAGCGUGGACUGUGA